AUGGCCAAUGAGCAUUCUGGAGCUGAAACUAGCCUAUUAGGCUUAAGAUUGAAUAAAGAUGAAUUGCUUAAGAUGAUCUGGAAAGAGUUUUCUCAAGAUAUUAGAGCAAAAGGAAGAUACGGACCUACUAUUGCUUCUCUUAAUGUUCCGGACACACAAUCUUCUGUUACAACGCUACCACUAAAGCCUUCCAAAUUAUAUGCUCACAUUCUCAGAAUUGGGACUUGGCAGUGGACGUCGAGGUAUGAUGGAGAUCUUGUUGCAAAGUUUUACUAUGCAAACAAUAGAUUGGUCUGGGAGAUUCUCGAUGCAGGUCUAAAGAGGAAGAUUGAGAUAAAUUGGGAGAAUAUAUCUGCCUUGAAGGUGAUUUGCCCAGAUGGUGGACCUGGAACUCUCGAGAUUAUGUUGUAUCAGAGGCCAAGAUUUUUUAGAGAAACCAACCAGCAGCCAGGAAAGACUACAAUGUGGCUAGGGACCAAAGAUUUUACUGGUGGGCAAGCAAGCAUACACAGAAGGCAUGUUCUGCAGUGUGCAACAGAGAUAUUGAACAAACACAUUGUGAAACUUCUCUCCAGUAACUAUCGUCUAUAUUCAUUGAGCCAGGAAGACAAUAUUGUUCAGCUUGAUCCUUAUUUUGAGCAAGGGUAUUCAGAGUCUCAAGUUCCUGAGAGUUCCAACGCCAAUGAUUUAUAUCACUGUUAUGAUUAUCAACGGUUUUGGGGACAAAAAUUUGGGGAGAAGGUUUCUAUGUCAGUUGGAACAAACAUUGGUGAAAGAAAUCAUAAUGGAUCCCAGAAUGGCAUGUCUACACUCGACCCAAGCUCAGCUUCUGGUCGUUCCUUAGUGGCCACAGGAGCCCCUUCUGGAGGCCUCCAACAGCACACGAACAUGUUUAACCGGUGCAGCACCUCGUCCUUGCAAAAACCUACACAGAAUCCUUAUCUUGAACAAUGGCGCUCAGAACCUGAAAUCCUAGAGAAUUCCAGUGCACAAGAUUUAUAUCGCCGUAAUGAUUAUCAACAAUUUGUGGGACCACAAUUCAGAGAAACAAUUCCCAUGUCAAUUGGAACAAACAUCAUAAGGAGAAAUCAUAAUGGAUUGCUGGAUGGCAUGCCUAUACUGACCCGAUGCUCAGAUCUUGGCCAUUCCUCUGCGGUCACAGGUGGUCCUUCAGGUGGCCUUGAGCAGCACAGGAACAUGCUCAAUUGGAGUCGCGUAUCCUCAGAAACGCUUCACCAGGCACAGCUCAAUUUCUCCAGUGGCCGUGCCCCUGUGUUCACAGAAACUACUUCUGACAGCCUUCAACAGAGUAUAAACAUGUUCUACAGUAGCAGCUCGUCCUUGCAAACGACACCUUGCAAGAUCGUCACCAGUGGUAGCAGGAUCAUGGACGACGAUGCUGCGAACUACAUGGCCAAUCCAAGGAAACGGCCGAACCUUCUCACCAGCAUGGGUGCCUAUGCAGACAGCCAUGUACGUCCAGAAGACGUCAGGAAGCUCGUCAAGGACGACAUUAUUAGGCGAAGCAGCAUGAGGGAGCUGGAGCUAAGCCACUAUGCUUUCAACGACACUACAACAACACAGAGAUUCAAGCAGAACAUCAGUUCAGCAACAAUGGACGACGCAAUGGUGCUUGAGAAGAUAUCCCGUGAUCUCCUUGAAGACAGCGACAUGGAGAUGGAGCCAACAGGCGCUUCUGAAGAUGCCAUACUAAUGUCAACGAUGAUCAACUCCCUCUCCAACCUGCUCCAGCCACAGGAGGUGGAUGAUCCAGAUGCAGGAAGCAGUGGCACUGGCGCCGGAGGUGGCAGCUCGUGA